AUGAGUAUGAGUAUCGGGAUUGCUGGAAAUCAAACGAGACAUCGUAUACCACUGCCCAGAGCAGCGUAUUAUGUGCCUUCAAGUGACGUCGUUACAACUAUCGUGCUGCCAACAAUUUUUUUCUGCAUCGCAAUGGUCGUCGCAAUGAUCGUUGGAAUUCACAAGUGCAAGCAGUGGGAAUUGGAUAAAAUCGUCGAAAUGAGACGCACACGUCGUGUUGUGCAGAGGAUCACGGCACAAGCCCGAAGUAUGCGACAGCGAAAAAGAGCACUGCGGAAGACCAGCUCAAGUGGUCAGAUGAGCGAUUCCAUAAUAAUCGGCACUACUGCUCCACCAACUUACUCGAUAAAUCCGCCUGCCCAGUAUGGAGCCUCACCCCCACCCAGCUAUGAAGAUGCUCUUCUUGAUGAAUUCUUCAGUGAAUGCCGACCGUCAAGAUAUUAG